UGAGGUACUCGGUUGCUUUACGGAAAAAUGCUGUCCUACUUUGGGAUGAAACUGCUCUGUUAAGGUUUGUCUGUGGUUAUCGGUCUCUAGAAUCAUCAAACUGAUACAGAGGGACCCAAAUUGGCAACUCAGAUUAUCAAGAGAACAGUGGGGGGAAAAAAAAGGAGUCUCUCCCGGACUCGGUAAACUCACAAAGGAUUUUACGACAAAGUUGGAGAUACUGUGUGUUAGAGAAAUUUUCCAGAAUGAAGUUGGAAACUCGAUCCCCAGGUCAUCAGUGGAGUUUUGCAAGAGGACAAUGUGUAUGAGAAUAUGCAAGAAUCACAGGAAAUCCAAAUGUCCAACCAUCUUGACGAAGUCAUUGCUGCUGUCAGUGUCACUUCUAAAAAGAAGAUCCCAAACAAGCUACUUCAGACAGCACUGUUCCAGCCCCCUCGAGAGAAACUUCGCCUGUGCGAAGAGAGAGCCAAGUCCUACUCCAGCAGCCAUGAGUACAAACAGGCCAUCCAGGAGCUUGUGCGCUGUGUGGCACUAACCAGGAUUUGCUACGGCGACUCGCAUUGCAAACUGGCAGAGGCAUAUGUUAAUCUGUCUCAAGGCUACCUCCAGAUGAAAGGUUUGUCACUACAAGCAAAGCAACAUGCAGAAAAAGCCAAGGAAAUCUUGGCCAAUGCCAUUGAGAGUCCCUAUCACAACAAUGCGGAUGUCUUCAGGUGUUCCAUAGAGCUUUUCUAUACCCUGGGGAGAGCCCUCCUUGCCCUUCAAAAAUUUAAAGAAGCCUCGGAGAACUUGAUAAAAGCAGAGAAACUUGCCAAGGAGAUGCUGCAAUGUGGAAAAAUCAUAAAGGAAGAGUGGAUAGAAAUCCAAGCUCGGCUCAAGUUGUCAUUUGCACAAUUGUAUCAAGGUCAGAAAAGAUCAAAAGAAGCUUUGCACUACUAUCAAAAGGCUCUGGAGUACACUGAGAUUGUCAAAGACGAGAAAAGUCUCGAGUGUGUGCCCGUUCUGAGGGAACUGGCGGGCGUGGAGCAAGCCCUGGGACUCCACGAUGCUGCCAUCAAUCACUUCUCACAGGCACAUCUCAUCGUCCUGAGUAAAGAUCCCUCCCCGUCGGAGGCUGCAGACUCCGCACACUCUAUUGCCCGGGCUGCCGUUGCUUCUGGGAUGCACGACCACCAUGAUGUGGCCGAGAAGUAUUUUCAGGAAAGCAUGACUCACGUCAAGGAUUCUGAAGGAGCAGCAAGAGCCAAAUUUCUUUCGAUUCAAGAUGAAUUUUGCAAUUUUCUGCAAAUCGCUGGACAGAAAGAAAGAGCGACCAUGAUCCUGAGAGAGUCCCUGGAAGCCAAAGUAGGAGCAUUUGGUGACUUCAGCCCUGAGGUGGCAGAAACAUACCGGGUCCUGGGCAGGACAGACCUGGCACAGGGAAACCACAGCGGAGCGCACACGAAACUAAAGAAGGGAAUUAGGGGCCAGGGAGAAGACACUUCAAUCACCAAAGAGUGUGCUCAGAUUGAGACGUUCUUGUAUGGCUCACAUGACAAGAGGACUCUGGCCACCCAGCAGACUAUAGACAAGAUCCCUGAGGCUCCCGGGAAGUCAAGGCAAUCUUUGAAAACCAAAGUAGCAUUCUGCACCAGUGUCCCUCAGCACACGGUGCCAGGGAAGGCCAGGCACAAUGCAGACUGAUACCCCCAUAUGCCAUCCCAAAGAAAGCUCUGACAAAAACUCGGCAUGGCUUUUAGGAUGCUGAACAAAGCUCCCUCUAACUAGACGGUGGAAUUUAGUAGCCACUGAAGAUCCUUAAGGCUGUGUGCUCCAGCGUGCAACAGCCAACCAUGAACCUUGCACAUCUCAACUGUGAAUGGCCUUCAGGGUGAUAUGGUGCUUCACUUAUUUACUUGCCUCAUUUUUAUGCUGUCUUUCCCCAAGGAUAAUUUUCCCCUGUCCUCUCUGCUGGGGCUGAAAGGCUCUUCCGAAGUCGGAGCUUCUGUCCAGGAAAGGAGAUUCACCUGAUCGCAGGCGGAGCUCCUGCUCAAUCCAGUACCUCAUCUGGGGCAAAGAGACUCCGCACAAAUCCUCCCUUAUAAGAAAGUAAUAGUAACUGAGAAGAAAAUGCCAAUAAACAGUAACUUCUA